CAAUAACAGCUGCUCAGCAAACACUUUUUACAGCCGGACCCCAACCCUGGAGCAGCCACAGCCCAGAUACACACCACAAACCUGGAGAUAACUGCUCACGGGGUCCGCACACUUGUGGAGGAGAUCGAAACAUUUAGCGUAAAUGCAUUGGUUUUGAAGAAGAAUAAAAGAGUUUAGCAUAAACGCACUGCUUUUGAAGAUGGAGCCUGAGAAUGUACUGUAAAUGCACUGCUUUUGAAGAGGAUCGAAACAACAUUCAGGAUUUAGUGCACUGCUUAAAAUGUUUCUUCUGAGGCAAAGCAUCUCGAAGCAGCACACAAGCAGCGACGUCAUGCCAAGAAGCGGAGUGCGAAAACCCAACGCAGAGGACUCAAAGAGACAUCGCAAAGCUAGUUGCAUGGAGAAUUUAUCCUCGGUGGAGCGAAUCCGCAAACAGGCCACCAAACACCUGGGUUUCCGCACGCUCAGCCUGGCCAUGCGCGGUCUGGAGGAGCCACCGGAGGAGCUGUGGGAGAUCCUGGAGCUCCAGAAACUCAAUCUCUCCUUAAACACACUCUCCACUCUUCCGGCCGCCGUGGGGAACCUGCAGAACCUGGUGAUCCUCAAUCUGUGGGGGAACGAUCUGCUGGAUCUGCCGCCGGAGAUUGGCCGACUGGUGAAUCUACGCGUGCUCUUUGCACAUAAAAAUCGGCUGACGGACGUCCCAGAGGAGCUCGGAGACUGCACCAACCUGGAGGUGCUGAGUCUGGCCAACAACCAGAUCAACGCGCUACCCAACAGCCUGUGCAGCCUCCGCAAGCUCACCAAACUGAACCUGAGCCACAACCGCAUCCAGCACAUCCCAGCCUGUGUCUACAGCAUGCGCAGUCUGCAGUUUCUGCAUCUGGCCAACAAUCGGCUGGAGAAUCUGGCCGAUAAGAUCCAGGAGCUGCAGAGUCUGAAGAUCCUGAUCCUGGAGCAGAACCUCCUGCAGGUUCUUUCCCGAACGCUGUGCUGUCUGACCGCUCUGGAGCUGCUCAACGUGGACCACAACGAGCUGCAGAGCCUGCCGGAGGACAUGCACAGGCUGCGGCGGCUGCAGAAACUGGCCUGCCACCCGCUGGAUAAAGGGCUGCAUAUCGUCCACAACCCACUGCUGAAGCCCAUCCGAGAGGUGCUGCAGGACGGUCUGACGGGGCUCUACAGCUAUCUCAAACCCGCAUGAGGAUUGAGAAAAGCUUUAUAGUGGAGUUUACUCAUCUACACACUGUGUUUAGCAUGUGUCUCUUAUUUAGCACACCUGAUUUAGUGUGAAUGCAUUGUUUUUGAAGAUCAAAACUGAGAAUUUAUUGUAAAUGUAGUGAUUUUGAUGAACGAAACCGAGAAUUUACGGUAAAUUUAUUGCUCCAUGCAUAAACUGUGUUUUGCUUCAUCCCUA